AUCUGGAGCCGCUGCUGCUGGUGGCCACUGUCAGGGCGCGAGCAGCGGAGCGCACACAAGGCUGGAGAAAGCCGCUGCCUCCGCACAUGGGCCGGCCUCGCCACCGCCCCUAGCUUCGGCACCCGGGGUCUUGCAGCCCCUACGCUGCUUUGGCCACUGGACCAGUCAUGUCUCUCAGCGGAGCCUCGGAGCGUAGCGUCCCGGCCACCAAGAUUGAAAUUACUGUGUCGUGCCGGAAUCUGCUAGACCUGGAUACAUUCUCCAAGUCGGACCCCAUGGUGGUGCUUCACACGCAGAGCCGGGCCAGCCAGGAGUGGCGGGAGUUCGGACGAACGGAGGUGAUUGACAACACACUGAAUCCAGACUUCGUGCGCAAAUUCGUUCUCGACUAUUUCUUUGAGGAAAAGCAAAAUCUCCGCUUCGAUGUGUACAACGUCGACUCUAAAGCCAAUAUCUCCAAACCGAAGGAUUUCCUGGGACAAGCAUUCCUGGCCCUGGGAGAGGUGAUUGGAGGCCAGGGCAGCCGUGUGGAGCGACCUCUUACGGGUGUGCCAGGCAAGAAGUGUGGGACCAUACUGCUGACCGCUGAGGAGCUGAGCAACUGCAGGGACAUUGCCACCAUGCAGCUGUGUGCAAACAAGCUGGACAAAAAGGACUUCUUUGGGAAGUCAGACCCUUUCCUUGUGUUCUACAGGAGCAAUGAAGAUGGCACGUUCACCAUCUGCCACAAGACAGAGGUUGUGAAAAAUACACUGAACCCAGUAUGGCAGCCCUUCAGCAUCCCUGUGCGGGCACUGUGCAACGGAGACUAUGACAGAACAGUGAAGAUCGACGUAUAUGACUGGGACAGAGAUGGAAGCCAUGACUUCAUUGGCGAGUUCACAACCAGCUACCGGGAGCUGAGCAAGGCCCAGAAUCAGUUCACAGUGUACGAGGUACUUAACCCUCGGAAGAAAUGCAAGAAGAAGAAAUAUACCAACUCGGGGACCGUGACGCUCCUUUCCUUCUCUGUGGACUCAGAAUUCACUUUUGUGGAUUACAUCAAGGGAGGGACACAGCUGAACUUCACGGUAGCUAUUGACUUCACUGCUUCCAAUGGGAAUCCCCUGCAGCCUACAUCACUGCACUACAUGAGUCCCUACCAACUCAGCGCUUAUGCCAUGGCCCUCAAGGCAGUGGGAGAGAUCAUCCAGGACUACGACAGUGACAAGCUCUUCCCGGCCUAUGGUUUUGGGGCCAAGCUGCCCCCAGAGGGGCGGAUCUCCCACCAGUUCCCCCUGAACAAUAAUGAUGAAGACCCCAACUGUGCAGGCAUUGAGGGCGUGCUAGAGAGUUACUUCCAGAGUCUGCGCACAGUGCAGCUCUAUGGGCCCACUUACUUUGCACCUGUCAUCAACCAGGUGGCCAGGGCUGCAGCCAAAAUCUCGGAUGGUUCCCAGUACUACGUUCUGCUCAUUAUCACUGACGGCGUCAUCUCCGACAUGACACAGACCAAAGAGGCCAUCGUCAGUGCCUCCUCACUGCCCAUGUCUAUAAUUAUCGUUGGGGUUGGACCUGCCAUGUUUGAGGCAAUGGAAGAACUGGAUGGUGAUGAUGUACGCGUAUCCUCCAGGGGACGCUAUGCAGAGCGGGACAUCGUUCAGUUUGUCCCAUUCCGAGAUUAUGUUGACCGAUCGGGGAACCAGGUGCUGAGCAUGGCACGACUGGCCAAGGAUGUUCUAGCUGAGAUUCCUGAGCAGCUGCUGUCCUAUAUGCGCACCAGGGACAUCCAGCCUCGACCUCCUCCCGCUGCGAGCCCCAACCCAACCUCAGCCCCACAACAGCCCUGAGGACUUCACAUAUCCAAUGCUUAGCAGUCUGCUUACCUGUCUACCCACUGCUGGAAGCUAAAGGCACCUGGAGUUCUGAACCUCACCAGGAGGGCCAUCUAGGUUGAUCAGUGCUGGCUGACAAGCUUUUUACCCCCUGACUUUAGACAGGCUUGGCAUGAUCACCACCUACCGCCAAUGACAAUAAUAAAGCUUAUCUUACUCAGUCUCUGCCUCAUGAGUGUUGGAGAGGGAGCCUGAGGGACCCAGAGCCUGGGGUCACAUCAAGAGUGAGGGAGUAAGGAUAACUUCAGUGAGGUUAACAUCCAUCCUAAUGCACUCACCCAGUCACUUCUAUAUAAAAAUUCAAAUAUUGUAAGAAAACUUGUGGGCUGGUGAGAUGACUCAGUGGCUAAGAGAACUGACUGCCCUUCCAAAGGUCCUGAGUUCAAAUCCCAGCAACCACACUGUGGUUCACAACCACCAUUAAUGAGAUUUGAUACCCUCUUCUGGUGUGUCUGAAGACAGCUACAGUGUACUUAUAUAUAAUAAUAAAUACAUUUUUGGGCCGGAGCAAGCAAAGUCUGAGCAAGCAGGGUUGACCAGAGCGAGCAGAGGUCCUAAAAUUCAAUUUCCAACAACCACAUGAAGGUUCAUGUGUAUAGCUACUGUGUACUCAUCUGUACAGCUACAGUGUACUCACAUACAUAAAAUAAAUAAAUCUUUAAGAAAACUUGUUAUACAUACUUGAACACUUUUUUCCUCAGGACAGACCCAUAGCUUUCAUGAGAUUUUCUAAAAGGUUCUUUACCCCAAAAGAGCUAGCUUUAAGACAACUGUGAGGUCCUAGUGGUACAAGCCUGUAAUCACAAGUUCAAGGCCAGUGUAAGCAAUUUAUCUGGACUUUGUCCUUAAAAAAAGUUUUAUUUUUUAAUAAAAAAGAAAUGGCUGUUGUGAU